AUGCCGCCCCUGGGCUCUGCCCUGGCUAUCCUGCGCAGGGCCAAAUUCGCCGACCUCCCUCUUCAGAUGAUACAGAGGCCCUAUGGACAGUUCUUAGAGUCAUCGGUUGCCCGUCAGCCAGGGGCGACCUUUGACGUCCCGGAGCGAACUGCGCAUCCUGUUCUGAUAGCCCGCAGUCUCUUGCAGAUUGCGCUCAGCUUGCAGCUCUUGUCCAACACGGGGAGUGCGCGAUCGCUCCAGUCAGCCAAGGGGGCUUCGCAUCGCUAUUUCGAAGCCGCCACCCAAUAUGUCACUUCACAGGAUCUGCUGCUCGGCUCGUACGACGGCCUUGAGACGCUCAUGUUAGAGGGUCUUUACCAAAUCAAUGAGGGAAAUCUACGACAGGGCUGGCUCGCGUUCCGUAGAGCGAUAGGGAUCGCUCAAGUUAUGAAAGUGCCGAUCCAGUCCCAGAAAGAAGAAGAAGAAGAUGAUGAAUCGGAACCAGACCCCAGCAUCAACCAGGUAUUGACGAAGUCUCAGUUCCUGUGGUUUCGCCUCAACUACAGCGACCGUUUCCUCUCGCUCAUGCUUGGACUUCCGUUCGCUGCCGCUGACGAUAGCUUCGUUUCUUCAAGGGUAAUGGCGGCAGACGUGCCAGUGGGAAGAUUGGAGCGGAUGCACACCAUCAUUAUGGGCCGCCUCAUCUCCAGGAAUCAACGCAUCUCCGCCGCACACCAUCUCACACAGGCGCUCCAGAGCGAACUGGAGGAGACUGACAGCAUUGAUCAGGAACUUCAGCGAGUCUUGCGCCAGUUCCCCGGGCAUUGGUGGCUCUCGCCUCACUUGUGCGACCUAACCACCGGCGCAAUAGACUCCCUCGAGGAGACUUCCAGGCUUCUGGCCCAGGUGAAUCAGGCUAACCUCCUUCUCCUCCUCCACCUACCAUAUGCUAUCCAGGGCUUCUCAUCUAGCCCACAGCUUGACUACGCUUAUAACAUUCACAACACAAUAAAAGCGAGCCGGGACGUAUUAAGUCGAUUCGUCCUCUACCGGAAAUUCAACCAGGUACCCUCCUGCUGCCGCGCAGUCGACUCAAAGGCCCUCACCGCUUCGGCGAGCCUGGUCUUGGCGCACCUGGACGGACACCGUCUCGGCCGUGCUAAUGUGCUCAUGCACCAGCGAUUGGAGGAUCUAGGGCUGGUUCAGAUGGCAAUCAAGAGCAUCGAGGGGCUGGUGGCGCUAUCGCCCAGAUCUCAGGGUGAGAUUGAGGCCCGUGUGCUGAAAGGACUGCUGGAUAUUGAGGCUCGCGCGGCUGAUGGCGUCUUGCAUACGAUACAUAUCGACGAAUGGGGAUCAGGAGGGGAAUGCUACGUGUUCGAGGAGGGUGAAACUCUUGAUUUUAGGGCACCGUAUUUUGGGAGAGUCCGGAUCGAGCCCCUGGAAGUGAGGCCCAACCCCAGAGCGGCGGCACCUGCUGGGCCUUUGGACCGGCAGUUUGGCAUAGCGACGAGCACUAGCAGCAGCGAAGAAAUCGAAGCGUGGCCGCCACUGCAGAGUGUAGCGCCCGGGAAUGCCGUGGCCUCCCUUGCAGGAUUGUUCCCGGGCAUGGGCCCGUUGACAGGUGAGGUAGAUAUUCAUGUUCCGGAGACGACCUGGGUGAGUGCUGCAAGUUUUACAGCCACAGAACUAACUGAGGGGGGGUUUCCAUACUUGGCCGACGGGGCUGGGUGCAUGAGCGCUCCAGGGCUUGGCGGCAUUUGGCUUGACGACUGA